ACUGCGAAGUCAUUAUAAAAUCAAAACCUUUGAAGGUGGCAGCACGGUCAAUAAUAGAUGUGCAAAUAAAGCAAAGUGGCGUCACGCUAACUUAAACCAGUUGAAGGCAAUUUAUUCCCAUGCAAAGCCUGGUACAGACUGGACGUAAUUUUCAAACAAUUCCAAACGAUGGAUCGCUGGACAGGUAAAGUGGCCGUUGUCACGGGUGCGAGUUCCGGGAUCGGCGCCGCCAUCGCCAAGUCUCUGGCCAGCGCCGGCAUGGUCGUAGUUGGGUUGGCACGUCGCGUUGAACGCGUGGAAGCACUGAGGGAUGACCUUGAAGACGAUGAGUCCCGGAACCGCCUGCACGCGGUCAAGUGUGAUGUCUCAAACGAAGAGGACAUUCUGGAGGCGUUCCGGUGGGUCGAGGAAAACCUCGGCGGAGUUGAUGUGCUGAUCAACAAUGCUGGAGUAUUGCCGGAAACGACGCUGGUCACACCGGGCAAUACCGAAAUUCUUCGCCAAGUUAUGGACAUCAACGUGAUGGGGCUUGUGCUGUGCAGUCGGGAGGCGUUUCAGUCGAUGAAGAAACGCUCCGUCGAUGGACACGUCGUGCACAUCAACAGCAUUUCCGGCCAUACCGUGCCGAACUUUGCCAAGCUGAACAUGUACUCGGCGUCGAAGUUUGCCGUGACGGCCCUCACGGAAACCAUGCGGCGGGAGUUUGCAGCAGAGGGGACUAAAAUUAAGGUCACGAGCAUCAGUCCUGGUGCGACCGGUACCGAUAUUCUGCCGCCCGAAGUAAAGGAGGUCAUGCCGUUGCUGGAAGCGGAGGAUAUUGCGGCAGCGGUUCUGUACGCCGUCGGAACACCGCCACACGUUCAGGUUCACGAGCUGACCAUAAAGCCCAUCGGGGAGUUUUUCUGAACCGUUGAA